GCUUCCGGCCCGCGGGAGGCUGGGGGUUCCUGGCCGCCACCCGCGAUCGCGACAUGUGAGUCAGCCGCCCUUCACGUCUCCGCCCGCCGCUGACCGGCUGAGAGGGUGGGGAGCGGAGCAGCCGGGUGCCGGCGCGGACCCCCGACCGACGCCUCGGCCCACACAAUGCGCGGAGGGGGCGGCUGGCAGAGCGCAGUAAAUGCGGCGGAGAUCGGCGGCCUGAGUGGGGUGGAGCUGGCGCGGGGUUUGAACCGCCUGGGUGUUGGGCCUGGGGUUUCUGCCAGGCCCUUGCCCGGAAGGGCUGGAAACCAAGAAGUGAGGGGUCUCAGGCCUCACCCCGGGGCUGUUCGUGCCAACACCUGUUGCGAGCUCCCUGCCUCCCAAAAACUGGAACAGCUCAAUCAAUACCCAGACUUUAACAACUACCUGAUUUUUGUUCUUACAAAAUUAAAAUCUGAAGAUGAACCCACAAGAUCAUUGAGUGGUCUAAUUUUGAAGAAUAACGUGAAAGCACACUUUCAGAACUUCCCAAAUGGUGUAACAGACUUUAUUAAGAGUGAAUGCUUAAACAAUAUCGGUGACUCCUCUCCUUUGAUUAGAGCUACUGUAGGUAUUUUGAUUACAACUAUAGCCUCCAAGGGAGAAUUGCAGAAUUGGCCUGACCUCUUACCAAAACUCUGUAGCCUGUUGGAUUCUGAAGAUUACAACACUUGUGAGGGAGCAUUUGGUGCCCUUCAGAAGAUUUGUGAAGAUUCUGCUGAGAUUUUAGACAGUGAUGUUUUAGAUCGUCCUCUCAACAUCAUGAUUCCUAAAUUUUUACAGUUCUUCAAGCACAGUAGUCCAAAAAUAAGGUCUCAUGCUGUUGCCUGUGUCAAUCAGUUUAUCAUCAGUAGAACUCAAGCUCUGAUGUUGCACAUUGAUUCCUUUAUUGAGAAUCUCUUUGCAUUGGCUGGUGAUGAAGAACCAGAGGUACGGAAAAAUGUGUGCCGGGCACUUGUGAUGUUGCUUGAAGUUCGAAUGGAUCGCCUGCUUCCUCACAUGCAUAAUAUAGUUGAGUACAUGCUGCAGAGGACCCAAGAUCAAGAUGAAAAUGUGGCUUUAGAAGCCUGCGAAUUUUGGCUCACUUUGGCUGAGCAACCAAUAUGCAAAGAUGUACUCAUAAGGCAUCUUCCCAAGUUGAUUCCUGUGUUAGUGAAUGGCAUGAAGUACUCAGAUAUAGAUAUCAUCCUACUUAAGGGUGAUGUUGAAGAAGAUGAGACAAUUCCUGAUAGUGAACAGGACAUAAGGCCACGUUUUCAUCGAUCAAGGACAGUGGCUCAGCAGCAUGAUGAAGAUGGAAUUGAAGAGGAAGAUGAUGAUGACGAUGAAAUUGAUGAUGAUGAUACAAUUUCUGACUGGAAUCUAAGAAAAUGUUCUGCGGCUGCCCUAGAUGUUCUUGCAAAUGUGUAUCGUGAUGAGCUUUUGCCACAUAUUUUGCCCCUUUUGAAAGAAUUACUUUUUCAUCAUGAAUGGGUUGUUAAAGAAUCAGGCAUCUUGGUUUUAGGAGCAAUUGCUGAAGGUUGCAUGCAGGGCAUGAUUCCAUACCUACCUGAGCUCAUUCCUCACCUUAUUCAGUGCCUCUCUGAUAAAAAGGCUCUUGUGCGUUCCAUAACGUGCUGGACUCUUAGCCGCUAUGCACACUGGGUAGUCAGCCAGCCCCCAGACACGUACCUGAAGCCAUUAAUGACAGAACUGCUAAAGCGUAUCCUGGAUAGCAACAAAAGAGUACAAGAAGCUGCCUGCAGUGCCUUUGCUACCCUGGAAGAGGAGGCUUGUACAGAACUUGUUCCUUACCUUGCUUAUAUACUUGAUACCUUGGUCUUUGCAUUUAGUAAAUACCAGCAUAAAAACCUGCUCAUUCUUUAUGAUGCCAUAGGAACAUUAGCAGAUUCAGUAGGACAUCACUUAAACAAACCUGAAUAUAUUCAGAUGCUAAUGCCUCCACUGAUCCAGAAAUGGAACAUGUUAAAGGAUGAAGAUAAAGAUCUCUUCCCUUUACUUGAGUGCCUAUCUUCAGUUGCCACAGCCCUGCAGUCUGGCUUCCUUCCAUACUGUGAACCUGUGUAUCAGCGUUGUGUAAACCUAGUACAGAAGACUCUUGCACAAGCAAUGCUGAACAAUGCUCAACCAGAUCAGUAUGAGGCUCCAGAUAAAGAUUUUAUGAUCGUGGCUCUUGAUUUACUCAGUGGCCUGGCUGAAGGACUUGGAGGCAACAUUGAGCAGCUAGUAGCCCGCAGUAACAUUCUGACACUAAUGUAUCAGUGCAUGCAGGAUAAAAUGCCAGAGGUUCGACAGAGUUCCUUCGCCCUGUUAGGUGAUCUGACAAAAGCUUGCUUUCAGCAUGUUAAGCCUUGUAUAGCUGAUUUCAUGCCAAUAUUGGGAACCAACCUAAAUCCAGAGUUCAUUUCAGUCUGCAAUAAUGCUACAUGGGCAAUUGGAGAAAUCUCCAUUCAAAUGGGUAUAGAGAUGCAGCCUUAUAUUCCUAUGGUGUUGCACCAGCUUGUAGAAAUCAUUAACAGACCCAACACACCAAAGACGUUGUUAGAGAAUACAGCAAUAACAAUUGGUCGUCUUGGUUACGUUUGUCCUCAAGAGGUGGCCCCCAUGCUACAGCAGUUUAUAAGACCCUGGUGCACCUCUCUGAGAAACAUAAGGGACAAUGAGGAAAAGGAUUCAGCAUUUCGUGGGAUUUGUACCAUGAUCAGUGUGAAUCCCAGUGGAGUAAUCCAAGAUUUUAUAUUUUUUUGUGAUGCUGUUGCAUCAUGGAUUAAUCCAAAAGAUGAUCUGCGAGACAUGUUCUGUAAGAUCCUUCAUGGAUUUAAAAAUCAAGUUGGGGAUGAAAAUUGGAGGCGUUUCUCUGACCAGUUUCCGCUUCCCUUAAAAGAGCGUCUUGCAGCUUUUUAUGGUGUUUAAUCUCAUACACUUAAGCUGCAGUCCCAUAAUUAGGGGUCCUUCAGUCUUGGAGACUAUGAGGGAGCCUCUGCACCCAGGGAAAAUGUUACCCUUUACAGGGGGGAAGGGUAAACCAGUAGGGAAUACAGUACAAUCCCAACCCUACUGGGAGGGGCGGGAGGGAGGUGUUGCCGUCACUGUAUUAAGUCGCUGUUGGGAAACGUUUUAACAUCUGGAGCCUUUGUGGGUGGAAAUCUGUCUCCAAUUACAACUCUGCACUGGAUGUGAAGAAAAAAAAAAAAGAAAAA